AUCGGGAAUUUCCUAAAUGAUUGUUAUGUCAGACAUUUUGUUUAACUGUAUACAAUUUACAAGUACGUUUGUUGUUGUUUUUUUUGUUUUUUUUUUUGCAUUCAAAUGAAAAUCUAACUGACGUCAUCAUGUCACGAGGGAGAUUAAAACCUAAUGAUUAUAAAUGCAUUCAAGACAAUUUUAUUUUUUUGAAGAAAGAGUUGGAAGCUAGACACCUUAUUGAUUUUUUAUUUCAACAUGGAGUAAUUUCAUUAGAAGAGAAAGAACACAUUGGGAUAAAAGAAAACAAAGAUGCCAGAAAUGAUUUAUUAUUAACAUUGAUACUCAAUGCUGGACCAGGUGAUGCAUUCAACUAUUUUCUGCUGUCGUUAGAAGAUCGAUACAGACAUGUCUUGACAAAAUUAAAAGGUCAUUCAUAUUCUGUACAACAACAGUUUCAUCAGGAGAAGAACGUGCUGCUAGAAAAAUUAGGUCACUCACAUUCUUUACUACAACAGUUUCAGCAGGAAAAGAACGUGCUUUUAAAUAAAUUAGACAACUUAACAUCACAAUUGCAAAUUAGUCAGGGAGAAGUAGAAAAGCUGGAACAUGAAAAAGCACAAAUCGAGAUGCAAAACACAAAAUUUCAAGAUGAAUUAGAUCAAGUUUGUGACUCCUGCAAACAAAAAAUAGAAAAAAAAAAGGCUAAACUAUGCGUGAUGGCUACAAGGACUGCAACGGAGAAGGCGCUUGCACUGCAUUCUUAUGCAGACUAUCAGGUCACAAAACUAAUUGUCAUCGGUGGAUUCUGGGAAAAAGAUGCAGGCGGUAUUACACAGAUGUUUGACUACGUGUACCAACAUGGCUAUGCAGGAGCCUGGAGUUGGGAUCUGAUGAGCAAUGGUGAUAGCCAGAGGGCGGCCAUUGCACACAUCAAAGAUUAUACUCACAAAGGACAAAUAUCUAUAGUUCUUCAAUAAAUUGGGGCCUAAUUGUGUCUAAAUGUGUUUCAGUCACCUAAGCAAUAAAAAUACCUUAUCAUUUUGAAUUAAUUGGCUUAAACACAAACCUUUUAAUGCAUUUUAAAUGAACUAACUUUGGUUUGUAUGUCUCAUAUUCAUUUUCUUACAAUAAAUGCGAAGGUUUCAUUUUAUGGUAAAACAAUUUAUUUUUAGCACCCUCCGAAAGGGGAAAAGAUGGUAUUAGUUUUGUGUGGAAUGUGUGUCCGUCCAUCAGUCCUUCUGUCCGUCCGUUCCUUAAGCUAGAAAAGAUAGUGAAAAUCAGAUAUUAUAAUAUUUUAGACCAUUCAAGUUCUGAUGCAACGUCUACUUUUUUCUUGUUUGAAAGCGAAAAAUCUAAUUUUUUAACUCACUUAUACAAGCAAUUGUUUCAUUAAAACACACCACAAUUACAACUAUUCACUAUUGAUUGUAACAAACAAUGGAGGCUCUUUAGUAUUGGAAAUGAAAAUGCACCACAUUUUAAACAUUUAAAAAAACUGUUUUAGAUUUUUUGUCAAUUUUUUUUUUACAUUUGUAUAGCUAAGUUAUGUAAGUUCUGUUAUUACAUUUACAAAACAAAAAUGUUUUUUUUUCUUAAAACAGAAAAACAAAUCUAUUUAAGAUACAUAUAAGUCCAUCCGUCCGUCCAGUUCUAACAUCAGAAACUAGAAAAGAAAAUUAAAUAGGAAAAAAUUAUAUUUUAGACCAUUCAAAGUUCUGAUGCAACGGCUACAAUUUUCUUUCCGAAAAGGGAACAAAUCAAUUUUUUAAAUUAAUUUUUCAAGAAGAUUUUUUUAUAAAAGUAUACCUCUUUUAAAUGAAAAACUUUACAGUAAGUAAGUUUUUUUUUUAAAUUACAUUUUUCUUCAUCAGUAACUCAAGUUUAAUUUAUAUAUUUUUUUUUAAUUAGGGGGAAGUAACGUUAGCUUCUAUCCAGUGUCUUGGUACUCUGCCCUGGUUAAGAGAUUCAUUUAAAAUUAUAUUUAACACUGGUGCUAGCUCAUUGCUUAAGUCUUUGAGUAACCUAGCUGGAAUACUAUUAAGUCCAGAUGCUUUAUUCGGUUUAAUUUUUGCAAAUAGUAUUUGUAUCUGAUUUUCUUGUACAUAUGUCUCAUAUGUUGUCUACUUGGUUUAAAAUUAAGUAAUAUGUCUUUGUCUCCUGGGGCUGAGAAAACUGAUGCAAAGUAUUUAUUUAGAAUGUUAGCUUUAAUUUCAUUUACAUUAUGUAUCUUUUCCUUUUAAUGGUGAUAGUAACGAGCGAUCAACAAUAACUUGUGGGGACACUACAUCUGCUACUGGUGCUGAGAUGACAGGAUGUACUUUAGUACGGCACUGUAUUUUCAACCACACAGAUGUUAGGGACGUCUUUUUUCACCCACACAGAUGUAUCAGGGUUGGCUCUGCAGAUGAUUUCGCUCAGUACUGGAUCAAUAAAGAUAGUGAAGCAUUGGCCUGAUUUUACGACCAGUAGAUGUUGUCCAAAUUUGAAGAUAAGAGACUAGGUUCAAAACGGUCACAUUCGUACACGGUGUGUACAUAUGUACACAAUACUUUAAUUAUUAUUUUGUUUUGCCAUUUAUCCAUUCUUCCGACUGAUCCAAGAAGCAUUACAAUCCAUGAGGUGUUGUUUUCAUGAUUUCUUGGCUUUUGUAAUCAAGCCUGUGUUUUAAUUUCCAGUAGGUCGGUAUAAUUAUUGAUAUUAUUCGUUUAAAAUAAUAACUAUUUGUAUUUUGCCAGAAUACUGAAUUCCCCCUCCCCUUUAUUCUCAAAUUUCAGUAUUAUUGUUUAUGAUACAAUACAAAAGGUCUUCAGAAAUUUGGUAUAUCUGCAGAUUAGUGCUUGUCUUCCAUCCAGAUUUGUCAUGCAUAGGUCCAUAUUAUGUUAAAGAAUUGUUCCAUUUCAAGUAUUUAGCAGAUUGUAGUUUGUUUAGUUUUUUGGUUGUAUUUUUGUUAUUGUCCAUGUUUAACCAACGAGCAUGAUUUAUUCUCUUAUGACGAAUUUGUACACAAUGCUCUUUGUUUGCCACGAUAUUUUUGUAUUAUUUGUUAAUAUAAAAUGUCAUUUUACAAUUUUGUCAA